AUGGUAAUAAGAGAGUUGGGCUUGCCACAAAUCUCAGCUAAUCAAGUUUCUUUUCUAGAAAGAGGUUUUUCGGAUAUCGAAAUUAGAGAUGCUAUGUUUUCAAUGGGAGAUUCUAAAUCUCCGGGGCCUGAUGGUUUCACUGCGGCCUUUUUCAAAAAGCAUUGGAUCAAGGUAGGAUUGUCGGUUUGUGAAGCAGUUCGGAGUUUUUUCUCUUCAGGCUACCUUCUUAAAGAAUGGAAUCAUUCGAUAUUGGUUAUGAUACCAAAGAGAGACUUUCCAGAGGAUACGAGUCAUCUUAGACCUAUAAGUUUGUGUAAUACGGUGUAUAAAUGCGCUUCUAAGUGUUUGGUGGUGAGAUUGAAGGCUCUUAUUCCAAGCAUUAUUUCACCGUCUCAGCAUGCCUUUAUUUCUGGUCGUUUCAUGGCUGACAAUAUCCUCUUGAGUCAUGAAGCUAUUGAUAAAUUAAAUUAUCAUCAUAGGGGGAGAAGUUAUCUUGCUUCGUUGAAAAUAGACAUGAGCAAGGCCUAUGAUAGAGUUCAUUGGGGCUUUCUUAUUCAAGUUUUAAGGGGUUAUGGUUUUCCUCAGCAUUGGAUCCGAUUGGUUCAUCAAUGUAUUUCGACAGUCUCCUACAAAGUGCUAAUUAAUGGCCACACAUCGGAAAAUUUUAGGCCUCGUUGCGGAAUUCGACAAGGUGAUCCGUUAUCUCCUUUUUUGUUUCUUUUCUGCAUGGAUAUUUUAUCUAGAAUGUUGCAGUUAGGGAAUGAUCUUAAGCAGUUUACGGGGAUUAAAUUGACUAGAGGAAGCCCGCAAAUGACUCAUCUUUUCUUUGCGGAUGACGCUCUUCUUUUCUUCAAUGCUACAAAUGAAAGUUGUUGUGCAGUCUCGAACAUUCUUCAGAGGUUUUGUGGAAUCUCAGGUCAACAACUUAACUUGCAGAAAUCUCUUUUUAAAGUAAGUCCGAAUACUCCUGAGGAAAGUCGGCUUCGUUUCAAAGGUAUUUUAAAGAUGGAACUGGUUCAGAAUAUAGGAACACAUUUGGGAGUUCCAAUUGACUUGGUGGGAAAGAAACAUUCCAAUUUUCAAUUUAUUGUGGAUAAGGUUGCAGUUAAGAUCUCAGCUUGGAACUCUUGCAACCUUUCUCAAUCUCAGAAAUUAGUUUUGAUUAACUCUGUUCUUCUUGCUAUGGCUUCUCACGUCUUCAGCUGCAUGGAGGUUCCAUUGUUAAUAUCGUCAAAGUUAGAUUCUAUUAUUGCUAGAUUCUUCUGGGCUGGGAGAGCAGGUUCAGGUUUUCAUUGGGUCUGGAGACUUAAUAAUAACCCUCUCUCGUUGUUAGCUGGAGUGGUGGAUAGGAAAUUUUUGAAACUUCUAAGGACCGGGAUUAAAGCUUCUCUUAUUGGUAGGCGUCUUUCUUGGGGUAUGAGAGGGUUGGGUAGAGCUUCCAACCUGGUUCUUGAAGGGUGUAAUUGGAAAGUGGGUAACGGAAAGUCAAUUGUUGCAGGGAGGGAUAAGUGGGUGAACGGAGGUACUCCAGUUUUCAGUUCUAAUGUCACUCUUAGGCAAGCUAAGGAUUGGAAAGUACACCAUUUCUUGCUUCCUUCUGGGGAAGGCUGGAAUUUAGCAGAGAUCAAUUCUAGUUUUGAAUUCUCGGAUGCUCGGAGAAUUUUGAGUAUGGAACUUCCUUCUUCUAAUGCUGAGGAUUUACUUUAUUGGAAAUACCAUAUAUCAGGUAAGCUUUCUGUUAAGUCUGCGUAUGCCAUACUAGUUUUAGGAGAUUCUAGUGACUAUGGGUUGAAUUCAGAGUCCGUUUUCUAUAAAUCCUUAUGGUCUAUGAAGAUUCUUCCUAAAUGGAAAAUGUUCAUUUGUAAGCUCCUUCAUAAUGGGAUUGCUACUAAGGCUAAUUUAGGGAGGAGGGGUGUUCAGCUGUCAACGGUGUGUGACGAGUGUAAUGCAGGAGAUGAGGAUCUUCAGCAUCUUUUUCGGUUUUGCAAGUUUGCUCAGGAUGUUUGGAGGAGUGGUUCACUCGCUAUCCAUUCAAAUUUCAAUGAAGCCAUGUCUUUCCAAGAAUGGUUUAUGUUUUAUAUCCGACGAUUUCAAAGUCAGGAUGGUAAGAAUAGUCCGAGGUGUUUGUACUUUAUGAGUACUCUUUGGAGUUUAUGGUUGGUUAGGAAUAAUCGUGUUUUUAGAGGUCAAUCUACUUCUUCUUCGGCAAUGCAUAAUUGUAUCAAGUCAGGUUUGGAUCAAAUUUCAAUAUUGCACCAGCAUCCGUCACCUUAUUUAAGGUUUUUCCAUCCUCCUGAAGUGGAUCCGAUCGUUCCUCCGUGCUUUUCUAGGAUUAUCUUAUCAGGGAUUGAAGAUGGAAAUCCCACUACUAUAAUUGUGUCUGAUGGGUCUUGGUUUAAAAGCUCAAAGAUUGCUGGUAUGGGCUGGUAUUUGGAUAGGCAACAGGUUCCAAGUGAUCGAAUUUUAGGGGGUGCGCAGCCAGGUUUGACAAGUUCUGCUCUCCACUCUGAGGUUUUAGCUUGUUUAUUAAGUCUGCGGUGGGCGUCUCAAGCCGGGUUUGAUAGAGUCACAAUUUUUACUGAUUCUCUACGUUUGGUCGAUUUACUGAGAUCGAUGGAGAUUACGGAUAUCAACCUCAUCUGGACGCUUGCGGAAAUCCAAAGAAUUGGAAAGACCUUUCUAUGGUGUUGUAUUAACAAGGUUGAUAGGCAGAGAGUUCAUCAGGCGCACAAGCUUGCAAAGGCAGCUUCUACUUUAUAUGAAGAUGGUGACAACAUUGAUGAUGAGGGGAUUUAUUUUGAUUUGAAUGACGCAGCAGAAGAAACAUGGGACAUGGAACAUGUUGUGUUUCCAUUUGACCUGAAUGAACCAGCAUCUUUGGAGCAUCAUCAAAGCCACUUGCAGCAACAACAAAUUGUAGGGACAAGGGGUCAUCAAAUCAAGAAGAAGCCAAGGCUUAACUGUGACACAAGGUUGUAA